GCCAUGGAGCGCGAGGAACGGGCGCUGCGCGCUGCGGGCGGCUUCGGCCGGGCCCGGCGCCUGCUGGCCGUGGCGUCGUGGCUGCCGUGUGUGGCGCUGGGGCUGGCGCUGAGCUCCGACCUGCUGCUCACGGCGCGGCCCGCGCUGCUGUCCCCCGCGCUCGCGCCCAGCCCCUGCCCGCUGCUGCGCUACCCCGCGGCGCCCACGGCCCCCUUGCCCGACGGCACGCGGCCCUGCACGCGAGGCUGGCUCUACGCGCUGCCCGUCGCUGGCCUCUGGCGCAGCCCGGUCAUCCAGGUUUGGCCGCCGGGCUGUUUUUGUGUCCUCCCUGGUCCUGGCCACUGUCCUUGGGGCCAGCAAGGCCCUGGCUGCCAGUUUCCCUGCCCUCCUGGCCCUGCGGCUGCUCCACGGGGGCGCCCUGGUAGGGGCCUCCCUGGCCCUCUCUGUGGCGCGUUCCCAGCCCUGUUUCCCAAGUCUCCCUGCUGGCUGCUGGCCACGGGACAGGUGGCCCAGGCCAGGAGGAUCCUGUGGCACUUCGCGGAAGCCAGCGGUGUGGACCCUGAGCAGGGCUCCCUGGAGGACAGCUCCCUGGCUACAGAGCUGGCCGAGUUGGCUACAGGCAGCACCCAGCCUCGGUACCACUCGGUCCUGGGCCUCCUGCACAGCCACGUCACCUGGAGAAACACGCUCAUCCUGGGCAUCAGCUCGCUGGUUGGCGGGGGCAUCCGAGCCAGCUUCCUGCGCAGCCUGGCCCCAUGAGAGACAUCCUUCUACCUGCCCUAUUUCCCGGAGGCCGGCCUGGAGGCCACAGCCAUCAUCUGCUUGCUCCUGACUGCUGAUCGCUGGGGUCGCCGCCUCAUCCUGCUGCUGGGCACCCUGGUCACAGGCCUGGCAUCCCUGCUGCUGCUUGCUGGGGCUCAGUACCUGCCAGGCUGGAUCUCGCUGCCCCUGUCGGUCCUGGGCCUCCUGGCCUCCCAGACCAUGUCGGUGCUCAGCAGCCUCUUUGUGGCUGAGGCCUGCCCCACGGUAAUCAGGGGCGCUGCGCUGGGCCUCGUGCUGGGCGCCAGGUCCCUGGGCCAGGCAGCUGCGCCCCUCACGGAGAUGGCCGGCCAGCGGGGCUUCUUCCUGCAGCACACGGUGCUGGCCUCCGUGGCCAUCCUCGCCCUGCUCUGUAUCCUGCUGCUGCCCGAGACCUGCGGCCGAGCACUGCCUGUGUCGCUGGAGGAUGCCGACCGCCCCCAGGACCGCCUGCCCCUUCUGCGGCCCUCCCACUGAGAUGGCAGCCACAGCCCCAUGGCACCCAGGAGCUGGGGGAGCCACGGUGGGCAGCCUCCGGCGGGGCAGACAGCGUGUCCACAGCCAGGGCUGUCCCCCAGGGGGCUCUCCCGGGCCGCCUGGCCAGGAGUGCAAGAUAAAGGGAGCCCUAGUA